AUGUCGUCAUACGUUAUCACUGGAGCUUCGAGGGGCCUGGGAUUUGCCUUCCUCAAGGAGUUCUCUAGCAACCCCAACAACACCGUCAUUGGUCUUGCCCGAAAUGCAUCCGCCCUCAAGGAGAAGGUUGCAUCGGAACUGCCUGGCCGAUCCAACAUUCACGUCUUUGCCGCCGAUCUCACCAACUAUGAAGAUUUCAAGACUGCUGCCGAGCAGACCUCAGCCGUCACUGGUGGUGCCGUCGACUACCUGGUUGCAAACGCCGCUUCCGUCUCAUCAAAUGAAGAGUACAAUCCACUUGGAGACUUGCCUGUUUUGACGGCCGCCGAGAGCCUCCGCAACUCAGUUGAAGUCAAUGUGAUUGGCAACAUGUACUUCAUCAGUGCCUUCCUCCCUCUCAUUCUCAAGGGCAAGGUCAAGAAGAUCAUUUCCCUGAGCACAGGAAUGGCCGACAUUGACUUGAUCAAUGGGUACGAUAUUGAGAUUUCAGCAAUGUACGCCGCCUCCAAGGCGGCCUUGAACGUCAUUAUCGCCAAGUACAACGUACAGUACAAGAAGCAGGGCGUCCUCUUUCUUUCCUACAGCCCAGGAGUUGUCGACACGGGCAACUUUGACGCCUCAACCUUGACCCCUGAGCAGCUUCAGCGACUGCAGACCAUGUUUGGAGGUUUCGCCAAGUACGCACCCAACUUUGCGGGUCCCGUCCCCACGGAAGUGGCCGUCAAGCAGGCGGUUGAGGUCUGGGAGAAUGCCAGCCUUGAAAAGGGCGAUGGCGGCGCAUUCAUCUCUCACCUGGGCAACAGGCAGUGGCUGUAA